AUGCCGACAUUCGACUCGAAGCCGCUAAGCGCCUCUUCGGCGGCUUCAGGCAGCAACAGGGCGAACCUACUCGCUCGCCUGACACCUCAGGUCCGAAGGAGGCCGGUGCUCUUUUUCGGCCUGCCCUUUGUCCUGACGAUUGUUGCGGGCUCCUAUGGUCUCUCAUCGCUGACACAGACGCGGUACGACUACAAUGCGACGAAGGUGCAGAGCAUGAGCAAGCAGGAGGAGCUUGGCAUGCGCAAAGACCGGCGGCGGGUCGACAUCCGCGAAGAGUACUUUAGAUUGCAGAGCAAAGAGUCAGAGCUCGAAGAGUGGGAGCCAAAGAGAAUCGAAAGGCCAAAGGGGACACCAGAGUGGGGUGUCCCGCCGCAGGCCGAGGAGCGGCCAGCAACCAAGUCAAGGAGCUCAUCAUGGUUCAGCAGGAAGCCGGUGCAGGCCGAAGAGGAAGAGCCGGGCAGGAGAGGCGAGGAGAUUCAGAAUGCGAGGGUGGGGGGUAGAAAAAACAUCGUUCUCGGUCCAGACGGAAAACCAUGCAAAGCCUGCAACUCGAAGCUCGCAUUCACAGCUGCCAUGCGAGGCGCAAAAGAGCCAUCAACCAUCACUCCCGUUUUGCCUUCGUCCGCAGGAGACGAUGGCGAAAGGACUGAAUGCCCGCCGGACGGCGACAUCAUUGGCAACAGCACCUGGACCUUUCUGCACAGUGCAGCGGCUUACUAUCCUCGGCAGCCCUCAGAGAUUCAGCAAGAGUCGAUGCUGGCCCUUAUCCGGUCACUCGUUCACCUCUACCCGUGCCACUCGUGCGCGCAGGCGCUUGGCCAAGAGCUUGCGCGCGAAGAGGACUCGGGCCAGCCGUGGCAGUCGGAGGCCAGGGCUAGCUCAGGGGGCGCGACUACAUUGAAAGAGGCCGUCAAGCGAGGCCCAUCACUGAGGCUCUGGCUCUGCGGCAUACACAAUGAGGUUAACGAGCGCCUGGGCAAGGAGGUCUGGAGGUGCGACGAGGAAGCGCUCAACCGGAGGUGGAAGGACGGUCCGGCGGAUGGCAGCUGUGAUUAG